GGGCGUGCUGGGGACGGGGCGGUGGAGCUGAGCCCCGGGGACCGCGGGGGCCCCGCUCCUGAAGGGCCGGGGCAGUCCCGAGGCGAGGCGGGGGCAGGAGCUGGGUUCAGGGCAAAGCGCCGGGGCUCGGCCCGGCCCGGCCCGGGGCUGUGCGAGCUGCGGAGGAGGAAGGGGCGAGGGAAGGAGCGAGGGAACCGCUCGCAGCGGGCUCGGGGCACGGCUCGGGGCACCUCCCGGCCCCACCUGGGGCUGCGGGGAGCGGUGCUGAGCUGUCGGGAAGGCCGGGCGGGCAGCACGGGUGCUUAGGAAAGGUGCCGCAAAGCCAGAAGCGGGAGCGCUUUGCCGUGGAGGGACGUUUGCAGCAGGGAGCUCGCGGCGUCUCCCCGUGCAGGAGCCCAGGAGCUGUUGAAGCCGUCCCGCAGCUCCUCUCUGCUGCGCCUCUCAUCGCUCUGAGGACUUCAGCUCUGGGAGCGAGUCCUCGUUUGCUCUGUGCCAGCCCUGGUGUCGCGGCUGUCCCAGAGCCCCAUGAGGCUGAGCUGGAGCAGGGCACUGUCACGGCAGUCCCCUGAUUUCAGGUGUUUUAGGGGUUCGAGGAGCCACAGGGCGCUGUCAGCGAGCUCAGGCUGCCCCUCUGCAGUUGCUUGGGCUGCUGCUGCCGCUUCUUCCACUGGAGCAUUGCCGGCAGCCCUCUGUUUUUAUUAAGAAAGCUGCUGGGCAGGUGUGUCAGGGCUCCGUGGUGUGCAUCCUCCAGGAGCGAAGCUGCUUUUUGUUGGGGAAAAAGCCCCCAAGCGGCGCUGCCGUGCAGCGGGGCAGCUUUACAGGCGGUCUGUCGUCGGGGUGUCUGGAGCCUGGUAUUUCACUGUUUCUGUAGCAGACCGGGGCACGCGCGCUGUGCAUGGGCUGAAUCUGGUUCAGCCGAGUGUGAAACACGGGCGGCGAUCCGGCUGUGCCGGCGCUGAGGCUCUUGGAAGGGGAUUUUGGGCUUGAAAGAGGAAGCAGCCUCCCCCAGCGAGAAUUUCUCGCCCCCGCUAAAGCACAGCUCAUAGCGUGCUGCCGAUCUGCCCGUGGUGAGCCGAGUCACUGGCACCCCCUUCGUGCCUCAGUUUCCCCAGCCCCUGGGCCUGCUGGAGCUGCUGCGCCUGCAGGGAGCCGGAGGGGGGCCCUGAGCUGUGUUUUGCUUCCCUUAAUGCAGUGGAGGGGACUGGGAGCCUUCGGCCCACGGCACGGCUCCAAUACGCUCCGUGCCUCCAUCCUAACUCGUGGCCCUCCCCGAGGCAGAGCAAGAUGUAGAAGGCCGUCAGUGCUGAGCAAAACAAAAAGUAACACAGCGUAAUAGGGACCAGAUGUCUUAGCGAGGCUUCAUCCUGCACUUCUGGGUGUUUGCCAGGGCUAAUAUUUCUUAUUCCAGUCAGGCAGGAGGGAGACUUUUCUUUCCUGUAAAGCCACAGCUCUGUUCCAGGAGAUCUCCCUUCGCUUUUGUCGCUCCUUGAAGGAGCUGCGCGCUCGAAUCGCUCCAGCGACGUGCCGCUGCCUCCUCCAGUUUCUGUGCUAAUGGGGGCUUCCCUUUAUUUCGUGUUUAAUCACUUCGGUGCAGUUCCGCCAGGGAGAAACUUGGCCCGUUAUGGCUGUGGGUGGAGGAUGAGCCACAUGAAUUCAGCUCAGCCUGUUUUCCAGCCUGCGUUGCUUCAUUGUGUGUAGCCGAUGGGAUUUGUGGCCCCGUUGAGAGCGGCGCUUUGGAAGCGGGGAGCCACGCCGAGCUGCGGAGGGAGCAGUUACAAAUCUCUGCCGGGCUGUCCCUUCGUCAGCGCAAAGCACUGCGGGGCGGCGGCGGAGCGAGCGUCACGUUCCCGAUCAACCUGGAAGAAGAAUUUGGGACUUUGGGCUGGCCGUGGGAAAGUCAGCGCUGGCAGCGACUGCGUUUUGAAGCACAGCUCUGAAGCGUGCAGACCCACCGCUGCUAUGGGAGACUCCGUCGGAGACCCGGCGCCCGGCUCCGCGCCGCAGGGGAACGGCGGGACGUCCCUCAGCGUCAUCACCGAGGGCGUCGGGGAGCUGGCGGUCAUCGACCCCGAGGUGGCAAAGAAGGCCUGCGAGGAGGUCCUGGAGAAAGUGAAGCUGAUGCACAGCGUUUCCUCGGACAGCUUGACAAAAGCAGCUGACGGCAGCGAGGCGGAGCGCGCCCCGCGGACUGCUGUGGAUUUGCCCAACGGAGACGUCGUGGAGGGCUGUGAAAUCAGGUGCUUGGACGAUCUGCCCAGCACAGCCUCUAAGAUCCAGGAGGAGGAUGAGACCACGGCCAACACGGUGAAAACCGCCCGCAAGCGGCAGAAGAAUAACUCUGCCAAGCAGUCGUGGCUCCUCCGGCUCUUUGAGUCCAAACUCUUUGAUAUCUCCAUGGCCAUUUCAUACUUGUACAAUUCAAAGGAACCUGGUGUGCAGGCUUACAUUGGGAAUAGGUUGUUCUGCUUUAGGAACGAGGAGGUGGACUUCUACCUGCCACAGCUGCUCAAUAUGUACAUUCACAUGGACGAGGAUGUGGGGGACGCGAUCAAGCCCUACAUCGUGCACCGCUGCCGGCAGAGCAUCAACUUCUCCCUGCAGUGCGCCCUGCUGCUGGGCGCCUACUCCUCGGACAUGCACAUCUCCACCCAGCGACACUCCCGUGGGACCAAGCUGCGGAAACUCAUCCUCUCGGACGAGUUGAAGCCAGCUCACAAGAAGAGGGAGCUGCCGUCCCUGAGCCCAGCGCCCGACAUGGGGCUGUCUCCUUCCAAAAGGACUCACCAGAGGUCCAAGUCGGAUGCCACGGUUACCAUCAGCCUGAGCAGCAAUCUGAAGCGCACAGCCAGCAAUCCCAAAGUCGAGAGCGAGGAAGAGGAGCUCUCCUCGAGUACGGAAAGCCUUGAUAAAUCAUUCUGUUCCCCUGUCAGACUUGCUCCCGAGAGAGAAUUCAUCAAGUCCCUGAUAGCCAUCGGGAAGCGCCUGGCCACCUUGCCGACCAAAGAGCAGAAGACCCAGCGGCUCAUCUCGGAGCUGUCGCUGCUGAACCACAAGCUGCCGGCGCGUGCCUGGCUCCCGACGGCCGGCUUCGACCAUCACGUAGUGCGGGUGCCCCACACGCAGGCAGUCGUGCUCAACUCCAAGGACAAGGCUCCUUACUUAAUCUACGUGGAAGUACUUGAAUGUGACAAUUUCGACACAGCGAAUGUGCCUGCCCGGAUCCCCGAGAACCGCAUCCGGAGCACGCGCUCAGCUGAGAACCUCCCCGAGUGCGGCAUCACGCACGAGCAGCGGACCAGCAGCUUCACCACCGUCCCCAACUAUGACAACGACGACGAGGCUUGGUCCGUGGACGAUAUCGUGGAGCUGCAAGUAGAGCUGCCGGAGAUUCAUACCAACAGCUGUGACAACAUUUCCCAGUUCUCCGUGGACAGCAUCACCAGCCAGGAGAGCAGGGAGCCCGUGUUCAUAGCUGCUGGAGAUAUCAGGCGACGACUCUCGGAGCAGCUGGCGCACACCCCCACGGCCUUCAAGAGGGACCCCGAGGACCCGUCCGCGGUCGCCCUGAAGGAGCCCUGGCAGGAGAAAGUCAGGAGGAUCAGGGAAGGGUCCCCGUACGGCCACCUCCCCUCCUGGCGCCUCCUUUCCGUCAUCGUCAAGUGCGGGGACGACCUGCGGCAGGAGCUGCUCGCCUUCCAGGUCCUCAAGCAGCUGCAGUCCAUCUGGGAGCAGGAGCGUGUUCCCCUCUGGAUCAAGCCAUACAAAAUCCUCGUCAUCUCCGCCGACAGCGGCAUGAUUGAGCCAGUUGUGAAUGCUGUUUCCAUCCACCAAAUCAAGAAGCAAUCCUUGCUGUCGCUGCUGGAUUAUUUCCUGCAGGAACACGGCAAUUACAACACCGAAUCCUUCCUGACGGCCCAGAGGAAUUUUGUGCAGAGCUGUGCUGGUUACUGCCUGGUGUGCUACCUGCUGCAGGUCAAGGACAGGCACAACGGCAACAUCUUGCUGGAUGCAGAUGGACACAUCAUCCACAUCGAUUUUGGGUUCAUCCUUUCCAGUUCCCCCAGGAAUCUUGGCUUUGAGACGUCUGCCUUCAAACUCACCACUGAAUUUGUGGAUGUGAUGGGUGGGCCAGACGGGGACAUGUUCAACUACUACAAGAUGCUGAUGCUGCAGGGUCUCAUCGCUGCCCGGAAGCACAUGGAUAAAGUUGUGCAGAUUGUGGAGAUAAUGCAGCAAGGUUCACAGCUCCCCUGCUUCCACGGCUCGAGCACCAUCCGCAACCUGAAGGAGCGUUUCCACAUGAACAUGACGGAGGAGCAGCUGCAGCUGCUCGUCGAGCAGAUGGUGGAUGGCAGCAUGCGCUCCAUCACCACCAAGCUCUACGAUGGCUUUCAGUACCUCACCAACGGCAUCAUGUGAUGGCAGCGGGCCGCCCGCUCCCAGAACAGCUCCUCGCCCACCGUGGCGCCCAGCCUGGGCCUGAGCUUCGCCCUCUCCGGGGAAGAGGUCUUGGGCCUCAAUGGUAAAAGUAUGCUGAGUCUCAGCAUCUUCCUGGGGAUGGUUGUUUUUUUGCCAGACUCUCAAAAAAAAAAAAACACAAAAAAACAAACAAAGCAAAGAAACAAGACAAAACCAAGCAGUUAAAGCAAGAAAAAAAAGUCCUACCUGUGAAAAAUCAAAGCAUAAAGGAUGAUGCGGUAACCAUUGAUGUGAUGCGCCCGCCGAGUCUGGUGAUGGCCAGGCAAAAGCCAGCAAAGGGCCUCAGGACAUUGGGUUAGCUCCAGACCUCAUGCAGCCACCUCUUCCUCCCAUCAGUAUUACACCUGUUGGUGCCCUGUGAAUGCUCCCACAAUCUCGGAAAUGUUUAGGAGCUGGGGGUGGAAGGGGGGGAACAGGGACCGACCCCACCCUUCAGCGUCUGAUGUGACUUGAGCUGGUACCACUUGAAUGCAGCGGAGCGGAAUCUCAACGGCCCCUGCCCUGCAUGUUCCCCUACUGCAGCCUCUGCGUUAUUCAGCCCCUUUCUUUGUGUCUCACAACCCCGUCCCCCCCACCUUGUGGGGUGAGGGUCCUGUUGUACCACUGCACAUAGGUCACUGCUCCUGCCUCGGCCCGUGGCACCUGCCCCAUCGCCCACCACCGGUACGUCAAGGUUGGGGUUCACUGAGGCUGGCGCUCACCUGGGGCGUCUGCAUUGCCUCGUGCUCCUUUUGAGCACCUUUUCUUUCUUUCUUUCCUUUUUUUUUUGUUUUGUUUUGACUCUGUUCCAGCGAUUUGGGACUGUGAAGCUUUUGCCCUCCCUGUUGCAGUAACGUCUGCUGUGCCCCACGCUGAGUGCCGGGACACAGCUGGCAAAGGCGGGUUCCUCCGGGGAGCCCUGCGGAGGGUUUCACCAGAAGCAAUGGGACAGGGAAGGGGCAGGAGCAAAGUGCCCGGUGCUGCCCUGGCUCCCCCCAAACCGGGCCAGAGCUUGCCGGGCACAGCUUGGGGUGGGGGAACCUGCGGGAGGAUGGAGCAGGCACCCCGGGAAGGCCCGAAGGAGAAGGGGAUUCCUGCGCUGAGGCCGUAACCGCAGCAGGCUCCGGGAAGGGCACCCGCAGCCUGGCCGCUCCCCUGGCCCCGGUGCUUUGGUCUGAGCUCAGCGCCCCCCUGCCCCGCCCCCGGCCCAGUCCUGCUGGUCAGAAGGCGAAGCCCCCAGCUGUUCCCCCCCAUCCCCACCCCAUGUCCGUAGCUCCGGGUGCCGUUCCCUUGCCCAGUGCACCGGUGUGUAGCCUCCGACGUCCUGAGUCUGUUUGUUUAGCACUAAUUAUUUGUCAUGUUGAUUAUUUAGCAUUAAAAACCAGAAAAUUCUAUUUUAAAA